AUGGCAAUGAUAACACAGAGCUCACAAGCUGUAGAUUGCAAUUCAGGAAGAGAUUUUACGGCAAAUAAACACGAAAACCCACCAACUUGCAAGUUGUUAGAUGUAAAAUCGCCGGAUCACGACAAUGCAUGCAAUUACCGAAAACACAUUUAUGCAAUUUUAAAAAAAAUAGUUGAAACUGUUUCGUUCAGCUCGCAUAAGAAAACAGUUGUAGUUAAACCGAUCGAUUGUUGUGCACAAAAUAAUUACAAUUCAAGAGUAGAUUUGACGGGAAAUACACGUGUAAACCGACCGAACAGCCAGUCAUCAAAUGCAGAUUACAAUUCCAGAGUAAAUUUGUCAGUAAAUAAAUAUGAAACCCGACCAACAUGCGAGAUGGAUGUCAGUGGGGACUGCUGUGAAGACAAUAUAAGGCUAAAAGAUGAGUUAGCUGAAAUUGAAAUAAUUAAAAACCAAUUGCUAUGUGAAAAACGAAUGAAAAAACUUGCUGGAUAUGCACUUUUAUUUAAUAUACGUAAAGCUAGCUUAAAUAUUAAAAGAGAGAAUAUAUUACGUUAUUACCUAUAA